GCUACGGAAACAUAGCACCAAGGACAAGCUGGGGAAAAGUGGCGACCGUACUAUACGCAAUUGUGGGCAUUCCACUGAUGUUACUGUACCUGACCAACAUAGGCGAUACCCUUGCUAAAUCUUUAAGGUACAUCUAUAGCCGGCUGUGCACCUGUAAGCCUAAUGAUCCGUACAGAAGAAGAAAAUGUACAGAUAACUACCGAGUCCAACAUACUGUGGCGCACAAUUCCUCUUUCGAACCUGCUGUCCAGGAUAAGCUUCCUGUCCACUCUGAGGACGAGGCUCGAAUCGAAGCUAUCCCUAACGAGGUACGUGAAGACCUCGAACACGAGGAACCACGAGCAUCUGUACCUAUCACGCUCUGUCUGUUAAUUCUGGUUGGAUAUAUUUCAGGAGGGGCGACAGUCUUCUCUCUGUGGGAGGGGUGGGGAUUUCUGGAUGGUUCCUACUUCUGUUUCGUUACCCUCAGUACCAUCGGGUUUGGUGAUCUAGUGCCCGGUCACUCUGUUGCCAGUGGUCAAGCUUCUCAAGAGAAGUUAAUUAUUUGUUCACUCUAUUUGCUAAUCGGCAUGGCGCUGAUCGCGAUGUGUUUUAACUUAAUGCAAGAGGAAGUGAUUCAUAAGAUAAGGAAUUGUGGUCGGAAAAUCGGAAUCAUUAAAGAGACUGAUGAGGAAAAUGAUCUAGCGUGAUAGUAAAAAUGUAAACCGACUUUUAUUAGUGACGUGUUUCCCGUAGCAGAACGUGGUAUAAAUAUUAUGGUGUGUACUUUUCGACGUUCAUGGAGAAUCAAAAUGUCUACUAAUUGAUGAUAUUUGGUCAUUUCAAUGACCAUCCAUCGUCCGUAGUUCAGGUCAAGCUUGAAGUCAACAAAUUCUUGGCUGGACCAUGGCAUAUGUUAGUUUUCAGUACCAAUAAUGAACUACACCACGGUAUUUAGGCAGUUUGUUUGUUAUCAAGCGCAAAGUUACACAAUGGGCUAUCUGUGCUGUACCCAGCAUGGGUAUAGAAACACGAUAUUUAGUGUUAUGAGCCUUCAGGCUUACCGCUGAGCCACUGGGGAGUUAUUUAGUCAGUUGGAGUAAAGAAAUCCUAUCUUAAUUGGGUCCUCUCCUUUGAGAACGUUCAGUACCGCUAAUACUGUCCCCAGUUAUUCAGUUGGAGUAAAGAAAUCCUAUCUUUAUUGGGUCCUCUCCUUUGAGAACGUUCAGUACCGCUAAUAAUGUCCCCAGUUAUUCAGUUGGAGUAAAGAAAUCUUAUCUUUAUUGGAUAUUCACCUACACGAUUUCUCAGUGAUACCAGCUGCCUCGUUCUCUUUACUUGUUGUCAUUCUUGAUGUAUCAUAUUGGA